AUGGACUCAGAAGAUGAAGCUGCUAUGAACAAAGUCCUGGAUACUCUCCAAAUUCCACAUAGACUCAAAGCUUCAAGCUCUACAGGCGAAAAGCCAUCGGAGCCAGUGGCGAGAAAUCACUCUUCGGCCAAGAACCUUCCUGCUGAUAGUCUCAAGGAACAAACCCCGCCAACUAACCCCGGUGCUUCUGGGGUAUCUCCAGCGCAAGAUUCUAUCUCGGAUGAACAGACGCUCUCACCGGAGGGCUGGAACCCCUUCGGGAUGGUCCGAGGUGCUUCCGACAAUCAGAACUUCGUUCAUUGGGGUUUCACUCUUCCAACGGCAGAGAGUCUGGAUAGUAUCUAUGCAACUAUGAAUGACAGGCAGCGACCAGAAGCUUCUACAAUGACUCAAAUACCCGUAAAUACAGGACUAACCCCGGAUGGCUAUCAACUGGGCAUGGACAUGAUUCAGCCGGGCCCUUUGCACAGCCAGCUACCGCAAGACGCAGACAAUGACUCCGACAGCGAAGAAGAGGACGAAGCUGAAAAUGACGUUAUCGAGCAGUUAUCGCACCGAAUUGGCACUCUGAAAAUUGCCGGGGAUGGCCACCUGCGCUUCUACGGUGCAACCUCCAACCUCAACUUGGUCGAUGUGUCUGCGACGCAGCAGCGGCAGAGACCAGACGCGCGCACUGUGCGCCACGAUGGGCAGGAUAUUCUGAAUCAUCUUCGGGUUGGUCAGCCGGUUGAUCAGGCGCUGGAGGAUCAUCUUGUCGAGCUGUAUUUCACCUGGCAAAACCCGAGUACAUAUGUCGUUGACAAGGAGAUGUACAUGACGGCACGACAUAAAUGGCGCAACGAGUUUGACGAUACUCCAUUCUAUUCGGAGGUUUUGACUAAUGCAAUGCAAGUUUGCGAUUUUCUUCUUUCUGCCUUCGAGGCACGCUAUCACCCCACCUUCAUCACAUUCCCCAAAUCGCUCUCUGAGUUCUUUGCAGACCGUGCUAAGGCCCUGCUCGAGAUCGAACUUGAUUCUCCCUGUGUUGCUACUGUACAAGCGCUCGUUAUCAUGAGUUGUCAUGAAGGCGCAUCGAGUCGUGAUGCUCGAGGUUGGCUAUACAGUGGAAUGUCUAUGCGACUUGCUUUUGAUCUUGGACUACAUCUAGACAUGGAGGCGUACGUCAACAAGGGCGAUAUUACCCAGUUCGAGGCUGAUGUACGCCGUGCAACGUUCUGGGGUAGCUACGUUGCAGAUCACUUUUGGGGCUUCUACCUGGGCCGCCCAUUCCGCAUGAACGCCGGAGACAUAGGAGUCCCGAAGCCUGCCUCUGCUCCUUACGCAGAAAAGGAUGAAAAAUGGCAUGCAUACGGACAUCAGCCUGCUCAUGGUCUCCUUCAUAACAGUCUGGAUAAUCCGAUCGAGUUGAUUUGCAGGCAUUUCGUCGUUCUAUGGGAGAUGAUCUCCCCAGUUGGUCAUAUCUUGUAUGGAUGCUCCAACAUCUCUCGACAUGACCUGCAAAGAAUCUGCUACCGAGUGACGGAAGAUUUAUUCGCCUGGAAAGCCAACCUCCCUUCCAACCUCGAAAUCGACCUAGACGACGAUACAUCUCCAAUCCUCCCCCAUCUCAUGAUGCUACAUAUGCAAUACCACCAAAUCAUCAUCUUCUUCCACCGCCCCUGGCUCUCCAAAAGCUACAUCCAACCCCGCAGCCCCCGUCAGGGCCCCGGGUAUCACCACGCACGACGAAUGUGCGUCGAGUCAGCCACCGCCAUCGCACGACUCCUCCAGCUCUACGAGAAACACUACACCUUCCGCCGCAUGAACAACCAAGUCGUAGCGAUAAUAUUCAGCGCAGCACUCAUGCUGUUAUUCGUCACCGUAUCCACUUCCCCGGUGAGUCCUGGCAAGCCAGGCGACAGCCCGAUAUACCCCCGCAGCGCCGAAAUGGUCGCAUAUCUCAACCUGUGCUUCCGCGCCCUGGAUGAACUAGGACAGUCAUUCGAGAACGCCAAGCGAACCCGCGAUUACCUGGUAGCUCUCCAGCGACGUUGGCAGGCGAAUAUGAGCCGAUCGGGCUCUGCCACGAAACGACAGAUCAGCAGUACUAAUUUGCCGUCUAUGGGCUCACAAAGGCCGGCUGUACAGCAUGGUCGUUCGACUGCUGGUCAGGUGGUAGAUGGCUCGCGGAAGAAGUCUCGCUUGUCGGCCGGAGCUGCUCAUUUGCAGUCCACUGUUCCUGUGACGUCUAACCGACAUCUUCCGCCUCGGCAACAGCAACAGCAACAGCAACAGCAACCUCACUAUCUUGAACAAAUGUCGUUCCCCGUGACUGAUCCCCAGAUGAAUAAUCUGGAUUGGAUCCGUAGCUCGGAUAUGCACCUGUUGUCUGAAAGUCAGCAUGCCAAUGCCGUCGAUGGGAUGGGCCAGGUUCCUUCGCCCGGCAUGCUCGCGGACAUGGGAGAUAUUGAUGGGUGGUGGGCAUCGGAUGACUAUGUUGGAUCAAUGGACCAUGAAACGAAGUACACCGUACAGCGACCUGGAGAACCUUAA